AUGGCAUCUGAGCAGUUGAUGUCUCCCGCCAGUGGCGGAGGACGCUACUUUCAGAUGCAGCCGGAGCAAUUUCCUUCGAUGGUGUCGUCGCUUUUCUCCUUCGCGCCGGCUCCGACGCAGGAGUCUAAUCGUAUUUUUGAAGAAUUACCCAAGGCUGUUAUCGUCUCCGUCUCCAGGCCUGAUGCCGGCGAUAUCAGUCCCGUUCUCUUGUCUUACACCAUUGAGUGCCAAUACAAGCAGUUCAAGUGGCAACUUGUGAAGAAAGCAUCUCAAGUAUUUUAUUUGCAUUUUGCAUUGAAGAAACGUGCUUUUAUUGAAGAAAUUCACGAGAAGCAGGAACAGGUUAAAGAAUGGCUUCAAAAUCUAGGAAUAGGGGAUCAUGCACCCGUUGUACAAGAUGAAGAUGCCGAUGAAGUUCCGAUACAUCAAGAUGAGAGUGCCAAAAAUAGAGAUGUUCCUUCGAGUGCUGCUUUGCCAGUCAUUCGCCCUCUGGGAAGACAGCAGUCCAUAUCAGUCAGAGGAAAGCAUGCAAUGCAAGAAUAUCUUAAUCAUUUUCUAGGGAAUCUUGAUAUUGUCAAUUCACGGGAGGUUUGCAGGUUUUUGGAGGUCUCAAUGCUGUCAUUUUCACCAGAGUAUGGGCCCAAAUUGAAAGAAGACUUUAUUAUGGUAAAACAUCUACCACAGAUUUCAAAGAGUGAUGAUUCGAAUAGAUGCUGUGGAUGCUGUUGGUUCUGUUGCUGCAAUGAUAAUUGGCAAAAGGUGUGGGGGGUACUAAAGCCAGGUUUUCUCGCCUUAUUGGAAGAUCCGUUUGAUGCAAAGCUAUUGGAUAUAAUUGUUUUUGAUGUCCUACCGGUUUCUAACGGAAAUAAUGGCGCGGAUGUAUCACUAGCAGUAGAACUGAAGGAUCAUAAUCCUUUGCGACAUGCAUUCAAGGUAACAUCUGGAAACCGGAGUAUAAGAAUAAGGGCGAAAAGUAGUGCAAAAGUUAAAGAUUGGGUGGCUUCUAUUAACGAUGCUGCUCUUAGACCUCCUGAGGGUUGGUGCCAUCCUCAUCGCUUUGGCUCAUUUGCUCCCCCUAGGGGUUUGACAGAUGAUGGAAGUCAGGCCCAGUGGUUCGUAGAUGGAGGAGCAGCUUUUUCAGCAAUGGCUGCAGCCAUUGAAAAUGCUAAGUCUGAGAUUUUCAUAUGUGGCUGGUGGGUGUGCCCAGAACUCUAUCUUAAGCGUCCUUUUGAGUCCCAUACUUCUGACAGACUUGAUAACUUGUUGGAGAGCAAAGCUAAGCAAGGAGUUCAGAUAUACAUCCUUCUCUACAAGGAGGUUGCUCUUGCUUUAAAGAUCAACAGUGUAUAUAGCAAACGCAGGCUUCUUAGCAUUCAUGAGAAUGUUAGGGUACUUCGUUAUCCUGACCACUUCUCUAGUGGUGUCUAUCUCUGGUCUCACCAUGAAAAACUCGUCAUCGUUGAUCACCAGGUAUGCUUUCUUGGAGGGCUGGACUUGUGUUUUGGCCGGUACGACACUUUUGAACAUAAAGUAGGAGAUAACCCUUCUGUAACGUGGCCUGGAAAGGACUAUUACAACCCUAGAGAAUCUGAACCCAACACUUGGGAGGAUGCUCUGAAAGAUGAGUUAGACCGUAAAAAGUAUCCACGGAUGCCUUGGCAUGAUGUGCAUUGUGCUUUAUGGGGUCCACCUUGCCGCGACGUGGCUAGGCACUUUGUUCAACGCUGGAACUAUGCUAAGAGAAACAAAGCACCAUAUGAAGAUUCAAUUCCGCUUCUUAUGCCCCAACAUCACAUGGUUAUACCCCACUACAUGGGGAGGCAAGAGGAGUCAGACACUGAAUGCAAGAAUGACGAAAACAGCAUUAAUGGGAUUAGAAGAGACGACUCAUUUUCAUCUAGAUCAUCUUUGCAGGACAUUCCAUUACUUCUGCCUCACGAGCCUGUUGAUGAAGAUGGUUCGAGUGGGGAUCAUAAAGCCAAUGGGGUAAACAAUAGAAAUGGUCCUUUCUCUUUCCGGAAAUCCAAAAUUGAACCAGUUGAUGGAGAUACUCCUAUGAGGGGUUUCGUAGAUGAUCGUAAUGUGCUAGAUCUUCCAGUAGCAAAGCGUCGUUCUUCUAGUGAAAUAGAUUCAGAGUGGUGGGAGACACCAGAACAUGGUUAUCAGGCAGGGUCACCAGAGGAGACUGGGCAAGUCGGUCCGAGAACUUCAUGCCGCUGUCAGAUUAUACGAAGUGUCAGUCAAUGGUCUGCUGGAACAUGUCAAGUUGAAGAGAGUAUCCAUUCUGCUUACCGUUCUCUCAUUGAUAAAGCUGAACAUUUCAUCUACAUUGAGAACCAGUUUUUCAUAUCAGGUCUUUCUGGAGAUGACACAAUAAAGAACCGUGUCUUAGAAGCGUUGUACAAGAGGAUUUUGCGUGCCCAUAACGAGAAGAAAAGUUUCAGGGUUGUUGUUGUUAUACCUCUCCUCCCAGGGUUCCAGGGAGGUAUUGACGACAGCGGUGCAGCAUCUGUAAGAGCCAUAAUGCAUUGGCAGUAUCGAACCAUGUACAGAGGACAGAAUUCAAUAUUGAAAAAUCUUUACAAUACUAUUGGUCCGAAGGCUCAUGAGUAUAUAUCCUUCUACGGCCUUAGGGCGUAUGGUAAACUUUCUGAAGAUGGACCUGUCGCCACUAGUCAGGUGUAUGUUCACAGUAAAAUCAUGAUAGUUGAUGACCGUGCAGCAUUGGUUGGAUCUGCCAAUAUCAACGACAGGAGUUUGCUUGGCUCAAGGGAUUCUGAGAUUGGAGUACUAAUCGAAGACAAAGAGUUGGUAGAUUCGCGCAUGGCAGGAAAACCAUGGAAGGCUGGAAAGUUUGCUUUAAGCCUUAGGCUCUCUCUGUGGUCUGAACACCUGGGACUUCGUAGUGGAGAGAUUGAUCAGAUAAUCGAUCCAGUCUCUGAUUCAACCUACAGGGAGAUAUGGAUGGCAACCGCAAAGACAAACACAAUGAUAUAUCAGGAUGUCUUCUCUUGCGUGCCCAAUGAUCUCAUCCACUCAAGAAUGGCGUUCAGACAAAGCCUAGCGUAUUGGAAGGAGAAACUGGGACACACAACGAUCGACUUGGGAAUAGCACCAGAGAAGCUGGAGUCUUACCACAAUGGAGACAUCAAGAGAAGCGAUCCUAUGGACAGACUAAAGUCGGUAAGGGGACAUCUCGUCUCUUUCCCUUUAGAUUUCAUGUGCAAAGAAGAUCUUAGACCUGUCUUCAACGAGAGUGAAUACUACGCCUCCUCUCAAGUCUUCCAUUGA